CCGUCUGCACCUGUUUACAGUUAUCUUGCUCACGAUGCUGGCCAACAAGAUUAACACUCGACAGACUGCGGGCAAGGCCACAAGCAGUUGUCUACAGGACACGCCACAUGUGAUUUCUAGACUUGUAGAACGGGGCGCCUAUAGCGCGAGUCCUUUUAAGGGAAUCAACAUCAGGGUUACACCUGCCGCUGCACACAGCGCUCGCAGAAGCAUCGGCAGCAGCAGUCGCGUUCAAUGCCGCGUUGUUGCAAGCGCUGCACCAUCUGAGGACUUCCGACAGCGCGCGCCCAAGGAUGUCCGCGUGCUUGUGGUGGGCCCCACGGGCUACAUCGGCAAGUAUGUGGUGAAAGAGCUGGUGAAGCGCGGCUACAACGUGGUCGCAUUUGCACGUGAGGAGGCGGGCAUCAAGGGGAAGAUGAAGAAGGAGGAUACCCUCAAGGAGUUCCCGGGUGCCGAGGUGCGGUUCGGCAGCGUGCUGGACCCCGCCUCGCUGCGUCAGGUGGCCUUCCGGGAGCCGGUGGACGUGGUGGUCAGCUGCCUGGCCAGCCGCACGGGCGGCAAGAAGGACUCCUGGCUCAUCGACUACACCGCCACCAAGCACUGCCUGGACGCGGCGCGGCAGUGCGGCGCCAAGCACUUUGUGCUGCUGUCCGCCAUCUGCGUGCAGAAGCCGCUGCUGGAGUUCCAACGAGCCAAGCUGCAGUUCGAGGCGGACCUGCAGGCUGCUGGCGACAUCACCUACUCCAUCGUCCGACCCACCGCAUUCUUCAAGAGCAUUGCCGGACAGGUGGAGAUCGUGAAGAAGGGCAACCCCUACGUGAUGUUCGGUGACGGCAACCUGGCUGCAUGCAAGCCCAUCAGCGAGGGCGACCUGGCGUCCUACAUCGUGGAUUGCGUUGUGGAGCAGGACAAGGUCAACAAGGUGCUUCCCAUCGGCGGCCCGGGUCGCGCCUACACAGCUAAGCAGCAGGCGGACCUGCUGUUCCAGAUCACGGGUCUGCCGCCCAAGUACUUCCCGGUGCCGGUGGCGCUGAUGGACGGAAUGAUCGCGCUGUUCGACUUCCUGGCGAGCAUCUUCCCAGGCCUGGAGGACACGGCGGAGUUCGCGCGCAUCGGCAAGUACUACGCCACCGAGUCCAUGCUGCUGUGGGACGAGCAGCGCGGGGUUUACCUAGAGGAGGAGACGCCCGGGUACGGCAAGGAGACGCUGGAGGAGUUCUUCACGCGCGCCAUCCGCGAGGGGCUCAAGGGGCAAGAGCUGGGCGACCAGGCGGUGUUCGGACAGCAGUAGGUGCGACGAGCGCGGAGGGUCAAAGACCAUACCAUCCCAUAGGAAACCACAGGUUAGGGCAAAGCAAUGGGGAUAGGAGACGGCAAGGAGGAUGAGUGGCUGUCAGCCGUUGGCGGCAUUCGAGUGUUGUGCUGCAGGGAUGAUGAGUGAAGCGAGCAGAGGAGAGGGGGUAGUACUGCCCUGUGAAGUGCUGGAUGUGUCAGCAUGUGAUUGCUCAAACUAGGUACAUGUUGUACGGCAAUCCUGAUUCGAGGAGCAGGCUAAUGUGAGAAGUUAUACUGGGAGUGUGAGCUGGCAAGGCAGACGUGAGCGAAGGGCAUCUACGCGCUAAGCGGUGUACCGUUAAGUGCCGUUAUAGGGCUAGUUCGGGCUGUUCUGUGGUAGGACUUGACUUGGACCUUGCUGCCCCAGGUGCUUCC